UCUUCACCUUUUCCGCCAACAUCUGAACAUGUGUGCGUCCUUUGAUUAAUCACCCCACGCACUCGGACGACUUUUCCUUUGUCAAAUGUCGGUCAGUCCGUUGUUUUUGGGGUCGUUAGCGGUCUUGUCCACACUCGUCGGUCCUCUGUGUUGUCAAAAUGUGAACUCAAGUGAAAGUGACGCAAAGUUAAACGGCUCUGCAGCGGAUUUCCGUGCGUUCAGAGCGCACUUUCACCGCACGUACGAGGUGGACAGCGAGGAAUUUAACCGCCGACGCGUUUAUUUCCAGAAUGCUACAGAACGCCAUGCAUACCUGAAUUCUUUCUCUACAAUGUCACAGUCUGCCAAGUAUGGCAUCAACCAGUUCUCUGAUCUCUCACAGAAGGAAUUCAAAGAUCUUUACCUGCGGGUAGUACCUGACAAGGCGCCUAUUUUCUCUGGACUGAAGACACCGGGGCUACCGGCCAGAUUCGACUGGAGGGACAAAGCGGUCGUAGCACCGGUCCAGAACCAGGGAGCAUGUGGGAGUUGCUGGGCAUUCAGCGUAGUGGGAGCCAUGCAAGCCGACCAUGCCAUCGGAGGCUCACAGCUGGAGCAGCUCAGUGUACAGCAAGUCCUGGACUGCUCCUACCAAAACGCAGGCUGCAGUGGAGGGUCUCCAAGCCGGGCCCUGAGCUGGUUAAAUCAGACAAAACUGAAAUUGGUGCCUCGAUCUGAGUACCCCUACAAGGCUAAGACUGGAAUCUGCCAUUUUUUCUCCCAGUCACAUGAAGGUGUUUCAGUAAAGGACUUUUCCACAUAUGACUUCAGUGGUCAAGAGGAAGCAAUGAUGGGUCAGCUGGUGGCACACGGUCCUUUGGCAGCUAUUGUGGACGCUGUCAGCUGGCAGGAUUAUCUGGGCGGAAUCAUCCAGUACCAUUGUUCCAGCCACUGGUCUAACCAUGCAGUCCUAAUUAUUGGAUAUGACACCACUGGGGAUAUUCCAUACUGGAUUGUGCAGAACUCUUGGGGAACCACAUGGGGCGACGAAGGUUACGUUUAUAUAAAAAUUGGUGGAAACAUUUGCGGUAUUGCUGACUCUGUGGCAGCUGUUUUCCUUUGACUACAUAAAAUGCAUGUUUGUCAUUGUGUGCUCUGUAAGUGAUAGUGUGUGUUUACAGAUGCAAAAGUCAGAACCAGUCAUCUAAGUCUACGUUCAGAAAGCAGGUCUUAAUGCGCAAUUUGGAUUUUUUUGGUGAAAUCCGAUUUUUUUUGUGUGCUCGUUCAUAUUACACAUUAAAUGCGACUUCUAUCAGUUUUGAAUAUGAACUGAAUGCGACCCUGAAGUU